AUGAUCCCAGGGCCAUUUAAUGAAUUAAGAUUAAUACGUCAGAAUCUCCCUUAUGUAACAAAUGGUCGUCAGAAUCUCCCUGAAGUAACAAAUGGUCGUCAGAAUCUCCCUGAUCUUACAAAUGAUCGUCCCAAUCACACUGAUGUAAUAUGUGGUCGUCAGGAUCUCCCUGAUGUAACAAAUGGUCGACAGAAUCUCCCUGAAGUAACAAAUGGUCCUCAGAAUCUCCCUGAUGUUACAAAUGAUCGACAGAAUCUCCCUGAAGUAACAAAUGAUCGCCAGAAUCUCCCUGAUGUAACAAAUGAUCGCCAGAAUCUCCCUGAUGUAACAAAUGAUCGCCAGAAUCUCCCUGAUGUAACAAAUGAUCGCCAGAAUCUCCCUGAUGUAACAAAUGAUCGCCAGAAUCUCCCUGAUGUUACAAAUGAUCGACAGAAUCUCCCUGAUGUAACAAAUGAUCGACAGAAUCUCCCUGAUGUAACAAAUGGUCGUCAGAAUCUCCCUGAUGUUACAAAUGAUCGACAGAAUCUCCCUGAUGUAACAAAUGAUCGUCAGAAUCUCCCUGAUGUUACAAAUGGUCGUCCCAAUCAAACUGAUGUAAUAUGUGGUCGUCAGAAUCUUCCUGAAGUAACAAAUGGUCGUCAGAAUCUCCCUGAUGUAACAAAUGAUGGUCAGAAUCUUCCUGAUGUAACAAAUGGUCGCCAGAAUCACAGUGAUGUUGCAAGUGGUCGUCAGAAUCUUCCUAAUAAUACAAAAGGAUCCGUGUCCCCUGAUGAUGCAUUCACCCUGCAGUCUGUUACAGAGACCCAUAACUAG